AUGGUAUCCGAAAAUUUCAAAGACGCAUUUUCAAACGUAACCGCCUCAGAUUCCAGAAUUCGAACCGGGGGGAGAUCUGUUGUCGCUCAGCGGGUGAAGGAAGCGGAGAUCACGGAGCAGGAUUCUCUGCUCCUGACGCGAAACCUACUUCGAAUCGCCAUCUUCAACAUCAGUUACAUCCGAGGCCUUUUUCCCGAGAAGUACUUCAGUGACAAGUCCGUUCCCGCUCUAGAGAUGAAGAUUAAGAAGCUUAUGCCCAUGGAUGCAGAGUCUAGGAGGCUGAUUGAUUGGAUGGAGAAAGGUGUCUAUGACGCGUUGCAGAAGAAGUACCUGAAGACCCUUCUGUUCUGUAUCUGUGAGGAGACAGAGGGUUCGAUGAUCGAAGAGUAUGCAUUUUCGUUCAGCUAUUCUAGUUUGAAUAGUGAUGAAGUCUCCAUGAAAGUUAGUCGCAAUGGCAACAAAAAGAAUGGUGCAACCUUCAAAUCUGACGUGACUGAUGUAACCCCUGAUCAAAUGAGGAGUUCUGCUUGCAAGAUGAUUCGGACACUUGUUUCGUUGAUGAGGACAUUGGAUCAAAUGCCUGAGGAGCGGACCAUUUUGAUGAAGCUCCUUUAUUAUGAUGACGUCACGCCGGCAGAUUAUGAGCCUCCAUUUUUUAGAAAAUGUUCUGAAAAUGAGGCACCCAAUGACUGGACCAAGACUCCACUGAAAUUGCAAGUGGGGAAUGUGAACAGCAGACAUGUUGUCUUGUCUCUGAAGGUUAAAAGUGUCCUCGAUCCUUGUGAGGAUGAAAAUGAUGGUCUUCCAGAAGAUGAGGAAGCGAGCCUAGGAGAUGACUCUGGACAGGGGAAUGACUCUUCUUCCGACAGUGAGGUACGCCCAUCCUUGGCGGACCGGUUCAUUGUCGCACCAAUUGGUAAAAAGCAUCCACGUGAAGAUAAUUGCACGAAGUCUGAUGAUGAAACUCAAGAUGCUGCCCAUGAAGAUGAACAGACAUCUCGAGUGAGGGAUUGGAUAAAUUCUGGGCACAACUCCACAAUUGAUCUGGCAGAUAUACUUGCAAAUUUUCCAGACAUAUCACUGGUAUUGGCUGAAGCAAAAGCAAAUUCGAGAAAUCACAACUGUUUUUUCCUCAUUUUCUCAAUUUGUGGGAUAACACUAGAUAUUGUUGAGAGGCUGAUGAAAGAAGGGAUUAUUUCCAUAUCUGGGAAGGAUAGUUACACCGUAAACAAGGGAAUCAACUCGAAAGCAUGUACAGUGAAAGAAGAGGCUGAGAUGGAAGGCAUCACAAAUUUUGAGAAGACUUGCAACAACUUUGAAGAAGAUUUCAUGUACAUGAAGGCACUAUACUAUGCUCUUCCCAUGGAUUACGUUUCAAUACCAAAGCUUCAGAGCAAACUUGCAGGUGUAGCCAACCACAGUACUGUUAGGAAGUUGAUUGACAAGAUGGAACAGGAUGGGUAUAUUAAAAACACAGGCAACAGGAGGUUAGGUAAGCGAGUUAUUCACUCCGAGUCUAGCAACAGAAAGCUCCUUGAGGUCAAACAGUACCUGGAGCAGAAAACAAUGGAGAUCGAUACCAACUGCCAAACAUUUGAAUUCAAUAAUUCGGAGUUCCCUCCCGACAAAAUCAUGAACAAUGGGUCCACAUUUGGUGGCCUCCACUCCAUUGGAUCUGAUCUCACACGCACCCAAGCCAGAUCUAAGCCACAUCAGAGUGGACAGCUGCUGAAUGAUCAAGCAGCUCACACAAAUGAUCAGGAACGUGGAAACACCCCCACUAGCAAUCCUGCGCCAAUUGCUUCUCUAGAGAGUGGAGUAGCUGGAGAACGGCCCAAAGCUUUGACUUUAUGUGCAGGUGAUGUCUCCCAUUCCACGGAAGACAAGCGUUUAAGGAAAGCUAGCACGGUGGAAGAGCCUAUUCUUCAGUACGUGAAGCGCCAGAAAUCUCAAGCUUAGUAGGAUUUAGUUGAAUUUCUGGAGCUGUAAAUAGUGCUCGGAGUGCUUAUGCGUUUAGUAAAAAGUUCUUUCCCCAAUAUUACACUGUCAUGAGCUACAGGGGCUCUAAUAUUCUUGUGCCGUAAAGGAUU